AUGGCAAGCGGGGGACAAGACCCACCGCCUUCCGCAUCUCAAGUCCCUCCUCCUCCUCAGUCAUGGGCACAGAUCGCUGCUAAAAUCACUCCCACCAUUAACUCCUCUCCUCUCCACAACCCUGCAGUUCUCAACAAACUCAAAGCCUCUACUACGGAAUUCAUCAAGGUUGAUAACGAUACUCUCAGCCGAGUCCGGCUUCAAUUUCAGCACUCCCUCUUUGGCAAAUUCUUUGGAAAACCUCCAUCCUUUGAUCAAGUUAAAUCCAUACUCUUGAAGAAGUGGGAGAACCUUGGAGAGAUCCAGAUUUCUGAUCUCCCCAAUGGUUUUCUUCUCAUUAGGUGUUCUGAUCAAACUGUCCUCCAGCAUCUCCUGGCUGACGGGCCGUGGACUAUAAAUGGCAUUAUCCUUCAACUCACUCCUUGGCGUCCAUUCUUUGAACCCUCUUUCACAAAGCUUACCUCUGCUGCUGUUUGGGUCCAACUCCACAAUUUACCUAUCGAGGUUACGGGUGGGGAUACAAUCGAAUCCAUCACCAGUCAUCUGGGUAAUCUGUUAAAGAUCGACGAACUAACCCUCUCCUUAACACGCACCAAAUAUGCAAGAGUUUGCAUUGAAGUUGAUCUUUCCAAACCUCUCAGCAAGGGAUUCUGGCUUGGUGAUGAUUUCAAUCAGAUUUUUGUUGUCGUUCUAUAUGAACGCUUACCCACUUUCUGCUAUUCUUGUGGUGUGAUCGGACACGGUUCGAAUAAUUGCAACCGAUCACCAGCAACCGGAAAAUCCAAGGUCUCUCAGCCCCCUAGCUCUUCGUUAGGGACGGAGGUCAGACCAAGGAAUUCUCCCUUGGAGGCUGGUGAUGCUGGAUGCAAUAACACUCCUCCCCCGGAUGGCUCUAAUCCUACUUUGUCGACAGUUCCUUCUUCGGGUGGCUCCGAGACGGACUUUGGCCCUUGGCUCCUCGUUUCUCGGCGGCGUGGUUUUUCCCGAUCUCGCGGUGGUGGUGCUCGGUCCGCCACCACUGCUCCGGGAUCAGCAGCCGCUUCCCCGCCCGAGGGUCAGGCUGUUCGAGGCGCUUCUGCUCAAAGGACACGUGGCGGUUUUGCGUGGGGAGGCGAGUGGGCGGCUUCCUGCUUUCCCAUGCCACCGCACUUGUCCCCGGUGCCGAACACGCUUUCAGCGACACUAUCUCGCUGGUGGCCCCUUAUGUCCGCUAGCAGUCACUGGAGAAUCCACUCUGAAAUCUUCCAAUAUUUUUCGGGAACCUAA